CCCUCAACUUACUCUCGUUCACAUUCAUUUGAAAAAUUUGUGUGAAACAGAAAAGAUGUGAGAGCGGCAUUUUUUUGUUAAUUCUUGUUAUUCAUCAGUUAAACACUUAAAAUAGUGAAACAAAUGUGCUAUACAUCACAAUAGUCUCAUCAAUUAGUUAAAUAUUCGUGCCGUGAUAAUACCAAAUGUGAAUGUCUAUCACAAAUUUUUCACAAUACAUGCACACAUACAUAGUCAAUGUCGUACAACAAAAUCACUUAUAGAGGAGAAAAUUUUAAUCUUUUGAAAAAUAAAGGGAGCAUAAAUGAAGGAAUUAAUUUGAAAUGAAUUAGAAUUAGUGUACAUUAGUGAUUAUGUGAUUAUAAAUUCUCUAGAAUAUUCAAUUUACCGUGAGUGUCAUCAGCAAAAAAGAGGGAGGCAAGCAAAAUAAAAAAAAUUUGUAUAGACAUAAAAAAAGAAAUAGUGUUAUUUGACCUCAAAAAAUAUUAUUUUUCCCUUCUUAAAUAUCAUAAAAAGUUAUUUGGUGUUAACAUUUAUUCUUCUAUAUCUCCUAGUACAAUUUUACUUAACUUAUUUUUAUUGCCUUUUCGGAUAAUACAAGGAGUGUCAAAAACCUCAAAUGAAAAAUAAUAAUAAGCAUAAUAGUAAAAAAUAACGCAGCGAAAACAUCAAGUGAAAUUGAAAGACAUAAAAAUAAUUCUGAAAGAGAUAUGCAAGAAAUAAAAACAGUGAAGAAGUGAAAAGUGUAUGAAAAAGUAAAAAUCAGUGCUUGUCGCGUUAAAAAUUCGGUCAUGUGAUUGAGUAAAAGUUUCAAUCAACAAAGUUUAUAACAAGCGACAUUACCUUGCACUUGAUUGUUGGCUAGUUAAUUUAGCGUAUAAAACAAAAAAAAAUUCGUCAUACACAGAAAUAAUAGUAGUAAUAAAAGCAAAGCGACGAUAAUAUCACGCGGUGGACUAUACACAAAAAUAUAUAUUUACAUGUAGAUUGUCAUGAUCUAUAACUAAAAAAGGAAAACAAAAUAAAAUAACAUACAGUUUAAUAGAAGAGAUACGAAAUCAAUAAAAGUUUGAACGCCCUAAAAGGAGGAAGUUAAAGAAAGGGGAGGACGUAGUUGGAGACAAGAUCCUAAGUAAUCAAUAUAAUGGCUUCAUCAGACAACAAUAAUGGAAUAAUUUGAGAACUAAACUUAAUGAAUUUGAAGAAUUAUAAAACUGACGAGUAAAUGAAACCACCUGAGUCUAUUAACACACAUCUAUAUAAAAAACUUGUACCAAAAAUAGAAUUGGAAUUUAUAAAUUCACAAUCAUCAUCUUCUCAUAUAGACAAGAAUAAUUCUACCUAUCUCAAGUGCCAGCUAUGAAAUUAUACAAUAUUAAUACAAUGGAUCGACGUUCAAUAAUGAGCUUAUUGAUUGGCAUCACAUUAUUUCUAUCGACAUGGCAUAUAAUGUUGCAGCAGCAAGAGCAAUAUUAUGAUGUCACAUUACCAACGAAUAACUUCAUAACUCCAUCAUUGUCAUCCCAGACAAACGAGUCAGCUGCCUUCUCAAAUUUCCUUUACGAUUCCCCAGAAUCACUCGAUCUGGAUAAUUUACCAAAGAACGACUUUAGUCAACUUAUAGACUUAAAUGAUUUUAAAUUUCUCAUGAAUACAAAAACAUGUAAAGAUCUCAAUAAACAGCCAUUAGUAGUUAUUUUAAUACAUUCGGCACCUCAUAAUGAUAACAAAAGAAAAACGAUAAGAGAAACUUGGGGAUCAAAAGAUUCACGCUCAUUAUUGAGAUUCUUUGUUGGUAAUGUUAAUAAGACGUCAUUAGAAGAGAAAAUUAAUUUAGAGAAUGAAAUUCAUGGUGAUAUUGUGCAAGGAAAUUUUGAUGAUGCCUAUCGAAAUCUUACGUAUAAGCAUGUUAUGGUACUUAAAUGGUUUGUGUACUUUUGUCCUGAUGCAAAAUAUCUUCUAAAAACAGAUGAUGAUGUACUUAUCAAUACCCCAUUACUGUAUGAUGUUCUAGACAAACCUACACCAUCAUUUAAUCAGUUAUAUCGUAGUAAAACUAUAUUUUGUACGAAAGCAGAAGAGGUUCGAGUGAAAAGGACAUUUAGAUCGAAAUGGAGGGUGUCGUUUAAAGAAUAUCCAGAUAAAUAUUAUCCGACAUUUUGUCCUGGCUACAUAAUCCUUUAUACAGCUGAUGUUGUUCCUCAAUUAUAUCAUCAGGCACAAAAAUUACCAUAUUUUUGGAUUGAUGAUGUUCAUAUCACUGGAACAACAGCAACAAAAUCAAAUAUUUCAAUUGAGUGGCCUGGAGAUGCAUUCCUUAUGAACUUGGACAAAUUAAAAGAAAAUACAAAUUUUCUUUUCUCUGGACCUGAUUUAACUGAGAAUGAGAUUAGAAGUACGUGGAAGCUCAUCAAAUCAAAUGGUAAAAAUUUGGUAAAUUAUAGUAGUGAAGAAAAUAAUAAAACCGUUCCAAAAUGAAAUUAGUGUUGGUAUUAGGUCAAAAAAAGUAAAACAAAUAUAAUCAAAUAAAUUGAAUUAAUUAAAUGUAGUAGCGAUAAUGCUACAAAUAGGCUCAUAAAAAAUUUAAUAGAAAAUGUGUGAACG